CGACAGAAGCCAGACCACACAGAGACCACCCACGAAAAGAAACAACAUUAUUACCAGAACUCCCGGCCAGAGGACGGAAAAUGUAGAAAGGAUAAAUGCCAAGCAAAAUGACGUCACGCCAGCAGGUGGCAGGCAGGUUCCUGUGGAAGCCCCUCGUCAGGUCAGACCAGCUGGGUCCCCCCUUGCCAGGCAGAGAAUGGCAGGGGAUGACCCUAGGAACCCCUACAGGAGUCCGAAUAUGGUGCCUUAUAUAGCUCCCUCAGUGAGGAGGACUGCAACCCGCUAUUUACAGUACGGUCUCCCCGACUUGAUUCCCGAUGCUCUGUUUAUCCAAACAUCCACCUACAUCCAGAGAGCCCCUCUUUACAGUCUGUGGUGUGCAGCUGAGGAAAACUGCCUGGCAAGAUCUGCUUACACCUCAAGUGUCAAUGAACUAUCUACACGGGUGUUGCUACGCUUUCCGCAAAGGGUUAAGAACCGUGGAACCGCCGACUUCCUACCAGUAAAACCACAACAUGCUUGGGAAUGGCACAGUUGUCAUCAGCAUUAUCACAGUAUGGAUUCCUUUAGUCACUAUGAUCUUUUGGAUGCUGUAACCCAUCGUAAAGUGGCUGAAGGUCAUAAGGCUAGCUUCUGCUUGGAGGACACAACAUGUGAUGUGGGAGUAAGACGUAGAUAUGCUUGCACUGCACACACUCAGGGACUGAGCCCAGGCUGUUAUGACACAUACCAUGCCAAUAUUGACUGUCAGUGGAUUGAUAUCACUGAUGUUCCUCCUGGAAGGUAUAUACUUAAGGUGUCUGUGAAUCCAAAUUUCCUGGUCUUGGAGUCAGAUUUCACCAAUAAUGCUGUGCAAUGUGACUUGACUUACUCAGGGAGCCAUGUAUUAACUCGAAAUUGUCACCUUUCCAGCAUUUGACAUCUGAUGCAAGUUGUAUACGAACCCUGACUGCCAUAUGGAACAGACUGUUUGUCAUGUCUACAUCUAGCUUUCCAGAGAAAUAAAACGUCAAUACAGAAGAUUAUUUAUUUUGUGAUCCACAGAGCACUCUGUACUUUGUAUGUGUGUUUGUUUUUUUACCAUCAAGCCAAAUGAUAGUUAAACCAAAAAUUAUAUUUGGUGUUACCAAAUUGAUUAAAUAUUCUAUAUUAAUGCCAAGAUCCUACA